AUGGAGUUUUUUUCGUUCUCCAGAACACUUGGCUCCGCGCUUGCCCUCAUAGCCAGUUUAGGACCUCUGGCAUCUGCGCUGAGCGUUUCAGAAAAUCCUUUGGCGACUUCGGAUCAGCGAGACCUCGAUGCCCUGGCGAUCGAGAUCUAUCAAGAUAACAGCUUCCCUGUUCUAAAAGCUGAAGCAAAGGCGGCCUACAAGACGGCUCACGGCUCUGUCCAGAAGGCCGUGAACAACGACCCAUACUAUCCAAAAGUCUAUUGGGUCGAUGCUGGCCCGCGGGACUGGUUCAAUCUUGAGGUACCUGGUGGACGAUACUCCUACGACAAUCCGGACUGCAUCUAUCGCACUAUUCCAAUCAGCUCCGACGUGGACUAUAUUGUGACGGGCUAUCGCCACACACCAGGCCCUACCGACGUCAGCUUCUCCCUGAUUAGCGACCCGAACUCCCAGAAUACCGUGGCCUACCUUGCCGGUAGUGAUCUGGUCAUCGCUAGCGAUGGCUCGUAUAUUAUCACGAUCAACAGCUCUGCCACAGACGGCCGGUCGAACCAUAUCCAGUCAACCAGUUCAGCUGUGCAGCUCUUGAUUCGAAACAACCUUGGAGACUGGCUGUCCGAGACACCGGACAACAUCACCGUGGAGGCAGUGAGUGAUGUGACCGGUCACGACGCCAUCACCAGCGCCCAGAUCCUCGUGGAUGCCAAAUGGAACCUGCAGGAAUCCAUCGUCGAUUACGGAGUGGGGGCACUGGGGCUCAAGACAUCACUCUAUGCGGUGAACACGCUCUCCACGCCCAGCCAGUCCAGCACCCUCGGCACCCUGACGACCCAGGCGAGCUCAUUCGGGCACUUCAACCUCACCGACGACGAUGCACUCGUCGCCACCCUCACGCCCGGAUCGGCCGACUACUUCGUCUUCCCCGUGACAGAUCCGUGGCUGGUGACCACUGACCCCGCCAGUCAGGCCAGUCUGAACAGCAAGCAGUCCGUCGCCAAUGACAAUGGCACCUACACAUUUGUUGUGUCUGUCGCGGACCCCGGGGUCUACAACUGGGUCAACACGACAGGUCUACAUGAGGGCACGAUCAUGGUGCGCUGGCAGGGUUUGAGCUCGUCGUCCAGCGACUCUGUCGCUAUCCAGGCUCAGACCGUCGCGCUUUCAGACUUGGCAUCCGUCCUUCCCAGCGAAACCCGCUACGUGACUGCGCAGGAGCGCGCGGUGCAGCUUGCCGAUCGUGUUGCCGGCUAUGCUUUGCGUUUAGAAUCCUGAUGGGCUUGACGGUAAUUAUGCUUAUGGCGACGCUUGAUCCUCUGAUUUCGGAACCGAGGAAGCCGAGCCCAACGGAUUCAGGCAGGGCCCUUGAGGGAAGGUUGGGGAUAGUAGGUAUUAAGUUCGGGGGGUAUGCUGAAAUAGAAUAUGGAAUCCAACACGAAGUACAGAAAUGUGUU